AUGCCCGCCAAACUUUGCGACGGCUGCGCCCAGGUCCGCGGCGACAAGACCGACGAGCAGCUCAUCAAGGGCAUGAAGAAGCUGUGGUGCCAGGGCUGCCUGGCGCCGCACACCUCGAUGCACUUCUCGCUGCUGCAGUGUCCAGAGCGCAUGGACAGGCCGCACCUGCAUCGGCCGCGAGGGCUACUGUACGUCAAGCUGGGCUCGCACUGCAGCGCCAGCUGGACGCAGGCCGCGCAGUUCCCCCGGGGCGGCUAUUUGUUCAGCCCGGCGCGGCGCUUCGCCGACUGCCGGGCGGUGAAGGUGUUUGACCCGCGACACUGCGACUGCCUCGACUGGAAGGGGGCUGCCGUGUCGUGGUGCGACAAGGCUGGCUGUGCGGUCAAGGAGAGGAAUAGGUCGGGUAAGUCGCUAGCGCACGUCGAGGGCUACAAGCACUAUAAAAACAGUGGGCAGUGA